GCUUCGGAAGUCAGAAUACGAUUGUUUCGUUUUCUAGCGAGAAAUAACGUAGCACAUUGCUGAAGUGAAACCUCCAGAUCUCUCUCUCUGCGAUGGAGUUUCGCGUUUCCGUCAUUUGGAGCCUGCUCCUCAUUGUCUCUUUCUUCUCUCCUCAAAUUAGGGGUGAGGCUUCGGGUUCCGUCUUCUUCGUCGAUAGCUCCAGUAAUCAAUUCCUUCGCGCUAGAUCAUUCAGCGAUGAGCAACCUUCAUUGUUGCUUCAGGAUGUUGGAGCUGCUGUUUCAAUCUUGCUUGGUUUUGCACCUCCUUCCACCCUCUCAGCUGCUAGCGCAUCCAAGUUGAAUGAGGUUCUCAUUCCUAACCCAUUCAAGAGGCCUCGUGCUGUGUUUUUAUUGGAAGUGAAUGGAAUCAAUGGUCUUGGAAAAAUUGUCCAGGAUAAUCCAAAGUUUAGCAAUUCAUUUUGGAGUACAAACUUUCUUGAUUCAGAAAAAGUUGGCAUUCAACUUCCAGAUGAAAAUGAUGUUUCUGUGGUUUCGUUGGAUGAGCAAUUGGAAGACUGGACUGACAAAGAAAUUAGUGAUUUUUCAUCUUUGAUUGGUGGAUCAUAUGCUACCGAUGCCUUUGAGCCAUUAAAUGGAGUGCUUACCAUUCCAUUGGCCAAUGAUGCUUCAGUGAAUCUUCACAUGUCAAAGAAAGCAGACAGGAAAUUCAUUGCAAGUCUUAUGUCUCUCACUCGAAAUGUCCAAAGAGCAAUUGAAAUGCAUUAUGAUUUAUCUCGGAGUCCAAACAGUCCAGCUGAGUUGUUAACAGGAUGCUUCAAUGGCAUCAAGGUUUUGCAAGAUCAAUAUGAAGCUGAAAGUAUUGCUCAGCACGGAGUUGAGUUGCUAUAUGUAACUUUGACAAAGAUAUUUAGUUCACUGCAAGAAGCAUACAAAGGUCAAUUUGUUGGAAUUAUUUACUGUAACCCGGCCAAUACUCAAGAGUCGGGCAAGAAGUUUGAUGUGAUCUUUACUCCUCACCAUACUGCUCGAUGGUUGGUGGAAACAAAUGCAGUGAAUGCAACAUUGCCAGAAGUGGUGCUGGUUAGGAGAACCCUUGCUUGGAUAACAGGAAUUAUAUUGCUCGUUUCAACCCUUAUGGGGAUAUGUUACCUCUUGAAUAUGCCGCUCACAAGGGACACGCUUCUGUAUUCUAAUGUCAAGCUUGAUUAGGCGUGGAUGCAUACGAAGACAAAUCGUUUCAACCAAUGCAAGAGAACCGGGCUGCCGUUGAACCUUGUAAUUAGGGGUCUUUUUCUUGAUGCCUCUGAUCUGUGUGCAUGAUUUAUAUUUAUUGUUAAACCAUUAGUUUUGUGUUUAAUGGACCGGUUUAGCCAAUUAUAUUCAUGAUGUGAAUUAUUGGAAAAUAGUCCAAUCAGGUUUGGGUCUAGAGAUUAGGGGAUUAUUGUACCGAUGUUGUUUAAAUGUGAAGCAUUGUACUCCCAUGUUUUAUCAGCACAUAGAUAGUCAUAGUAGACGUGAUUUUUCCAGCCAUUUACAAUAAUGGGUGUACCCCAUGAUUGACAUUUUGAUCGAAAUAAUUUCAAUUUUAUUGUAAAAUAAAGAAAUUUCAGCCAA